AAAAAAAGAAGUCGAGUUGGGAGUUCCUUGUCCUGCCUGUGCAGAUAUGAGCGAUAGAGUGUGGAUUCUGGAUGCGUUAUAGGCGGCAGAUGUAGAUGCAAUUACUGCUUCAAGGCAAAUAGAAGUCUGCCUGCUUAUAUGACAUGUCUUUGAAGUUGAAACAGAUAACAUGGCCUAAACUUUAUACCUGAUUUGGAAUGUUGAUGUUCAUUCCUUUAAUAAGCUGUUGUUAUCCUGAAGGGGAAUUCGUCUCGAUAUAUCUACUUUGCUUACUUUCUGCACACUCGUUGAUCAGGUUGCGAGGUUACCCUUACCAGAUACUACCAGCUCUCCUUCAGACAUGGGUUCACUUGGGGACUUGCCUUUGAACCGCAUAUCAGUUCUUUUCGGAUCUAAGUACUCAGAGAUUGAUCGAUCAGCUCUACAUAUACGUCGCUAUCUCUCGACCCACCGGGCUGCAACAUGGCUUGAAGAUGCAGUUGAAGACCUUCCGUCCGUCUGGCAAGAUGUUACAAAAGUCUGGCCAGCAGGGGAGGGAAUUCAUGGCGAGGCUGGACUCCAGCAGCUUUCAGCCUUCUUGCGCGGCGAAGAACUACCGCUGAAUAUGGAAGAUCCGAUGAACUAUCUACUCAUGCCAAUCACUGUUUUACGACAUCUGGUGGACUUCCAUGAGUUCAAGGAGGCAGGCAGUGACUGUGAUAUUAAGUCCAUGCAGGGAUUUUGUGCUGGCUAUCUGGCAGCGGUAGCAGGGUGCUGGGAGAAGGAUCAGUCUGAAUUUUCAAAGGUUGUGGCCACCAUGGUGCGGACAGCUAUUUUCAUUGGUGCUGCAGUGGAUUUAGACGAGCUUGCCACACAGCGUGCAACAUCAAUAGCUGUCAGGUGGAAAACAGCGGAGGCGUAUAAGCCCUUUGCAGCGACUUUGGGCCGCUACCCAGGGGCAUAUAUAGCAUGCAUUACAGACGAAAGUUCCGUUACCGUGACAGUGUGGGAAGACCAGGCAGCCGCUCUCGUGCAAGAGCUGGAGGGAAAUGGGCUGCUCGUGAAGGACACCAGACUGAGGGGCAGAUUUCAUCACGCCGAUCACUUAUCAGCCGCGCAGGAUAUCCUCAAGCUAUGCCAACAAGAUACUCGAUUCCAGUUACCAAAUACCUGUCCCGCAAGAGAGCUCCCGAGGUCUAAUGCAGAUGGUGACUUGCCCACGCUCAAAUCGGUACUCUCUGUGGUGAUCCAGUCUAUCUUAAUCUCCCAAGCAGACUGGAACUUGACCGUGUCGAAUACCCUGAACAGCUUAGACUCAUCGGACGCCAAGUGCAUUCUUUCCAUUGGAGCAGGCCAGUUUCUCCCACGCCAAGCUAGAAGUCAAAUUCUGAACGCCAUUGAUUCGUCUCGUGGUGAUAACCUUGUGAACGGAGACCACGAUAACAUUGCCAUCACAAAUGGUACCUCUUUCGCUGCGAGUUCGGUCAAUGGAACGGCACCAGUGCCAACAAGCAUCCCUAUCGCGGUGACUGGGCUGGCAUGCCGAUACCCGCAAGCUGACUGUGUGGAAGAAUUAUGGAAGAUACUGGAGCAGGGGCUCUGUACAGUUAGCCGCAUGCCCGAGAGUCGACUCAAACCGGAUCGACUCCAGCGAAAGCCAGACGGACCAUUCUGGGGAAACUUCAUUUCUCGUCCAGAUGCCUUUGACCAUCGAUUUUUCAAGAUCUCCGCUCGAGAGGCGGAGUCCAUGGAUCCGCAGCAACGACUGUUGUUGCAAGUCGCAUAUGAAGCGAUGGAGUCUGCCGGAUAUUGCGGCUUACGUGCCACCAAUCUUCCAGAAGACGUAGGGUGCUAUGUCGGAGUCGGUACAGAAGAUUACAGUGAGAACGUUGGUUCUCGUAACGCCACUGCCUUUUCAGCAACAGGUACACUUCAAGCAUUUAAUAGUGGUCGAGUUAGUCAUCACUUUGGUUGGACUGGACCUUCCGUCACGGUUGAUACGGCAUGCUCCUCCGCCGCUGUAGCUAUCCACCUUGCCUGUCAGGCACUACAAACCAGUGAUUGCUCCGUUGCCGUUGCGGGUGGAGUGAACGUGAUGACAGAUCCCCGGUGGUCGCAAAACCUUGCUGCUGCCUCUUUUCUCUCGCCAACUGGCGCCUCCAAAGCGUUUGAUACUAAUGCAAAUGGAUAUUGUCGUGGUGAGGGAGCUGGAUUGGUUGUUCUCCGGCCAUUAGAAGCAGCGCUGCGCGAUGGGGAUCCAAUUCAUGCCGUCAUUACUGGCACUUCGGUGAACCAGGGAGCCAACUGUUCGCCGAUUACAGUUCCGGAUUCCAACUCUCAAAGAUCGCUCUACAUGAAAGCCUUGUCGUUAUCGGGCUUGAAGCCUGAAGUUGUCAGCUAUGUAGAAGCGCAUGGAACCGGAACACAAGUUGGAGACCCGAUCGAGUUCGAAAGUAUCCGGAAAACCUUUGCGGUACCCUCUAGAACAGAGAGGCUGUAUGUUGGAUCGAUUAAGGAUAACAUUGGACAUACUGAAACAUCCAGCGGUGUCGCCGGACUGCUCAAGACAAUCCUCAUGUUGCAGAAGGGAAAGAUUCCCAAACAGGCCAACUUCACGCAGCUGAACCCGAAGAUCAUUGUGAACCAGGAGGACCAAAUGUCCAUUCCUACAUCUUUAAUCCGAUGGGAAACGCAAAAGCGCGUAGCUAUGGUCACCAACUAUGGGGCUGCUGGUAGUAACGCCGCUAUUGUGCUCAAGGAACCGAUCCCCACACCCACAGCACUAUGCAGUGACGAGAAGGAGCGUUUACUAUCCGCCGUUCCCUUCUUCGUUGCAGCCCAAACUGAGGAAUCGCUUCGCGAAUAUUGCCAGGCUCUGAAGGCAAGAUUACUCAAUGGCGCACAUCUUGAAAGCAUUGCUGUUCAAGAUCUAGCGUUCAACUUGGCCCGAAAGCAAAACAGGUCCAUGGAGUUCUCUGUGAGCUUCACCAACUCAAGCAGCGUGACUGAGCUGCGCGAGCGCCUAGACGAUGUUAUCUCUGGUCGAAUGAAUAUUGUAAAAAAAACUCAUACCUCCAAUCCUGUCGUCCUCUGCUUUGGGGGACAGACUGGGAAUAAGGCCAGUAUUUCCGAGAGUCUCGUUGCAAGCUCUGCCUUAAUACGCCUCCACUUGGAUGAAUGUGAGAGUGCUUGCAAAGCACUUGGUUUGCCAAGUUUAUUUCCUGCCAUUUUUGACUCGUCACCAAAUAAAGACAUCGUGAAUCUUCACUGCGUGCUCUUCUCUAUUCAGUAUGCCACUGCCAAAGCCUGGAUUGAUUCUGGACUUGAAGUGGACCGGAUGAUUGGUCACAGCUUCGGCCAACUAACAGCUGUGUGCGUGGCGGGUGGUCUUUCACUCAUCGAUACGAUGCGCCUCAUCUCAACACGCGCGCAUCUGAUCCGGAGCGAAUGGACAUCCGAAAUAGGAGUGAUGCUGUCUUUGAAAGGAGAGAAGAACGCAGUGCGAGACCUACUCGAUUCUGUGCCAGACUCAGCUGAUCUUGCGUGCGUCAAUGGAGCAGAUAGCUUUGUGGCAGCUGGAAGCGAGGUGGCCAUUCACGAAAUUGAAAAGAAUGCCGCUGAGCGAGGAAUCAAAUCGCAGAGAUUGGACAACACCCAUGCUUUCCACUCUCGACUUGUCGACCCGAUUUUGCCAGGACUGGCCAAGGUGGCAAGCUCUUUGAACUACAAACCCCUGCGUAUCCCUGUGGAGGCAUGCUCCGAGUCCAAAGAGGACUGGAUGCUCCCCACUUGGGAGAAGAUCGUGCAACAUUCGCGCAAGCCCGUUUACUUUCAUCAAGCAGUCCAUCGGACGAUUUCUCGCAUUCAGGGUCCCGCUAUCUGGCUUGAAGCUGGGACUAUGUCUCCGAUUAUUGGUAUGGUACGUCGCGCCGUGGACACUCCGUCCUCCGCCCGAGGCCAUGUCUUCUGCCCGAUGGAUCUUUCUGGCCCUCAAGCAGAGUCAAAUCUCGCAAAGGUAACUUCUUCUCUGUGGUCCAAUGGUGUGCCAGUUCAAUUCUGGCCAUUCCACGGCUCCCAGCGUGGAUACCAGUGGAUCAACUUGCCCCCGUACCAGUUUGCGAAAACCAGUCACUGGAUUGAAUACGACCCGACUGCCUUCUCCUAUCAAAUGUCAAAGCAAGAAAAGCCGCCGAUAGAGGAUUUGAAACUAGUCCAACUGCUGAAAAACGAAGGCAAGGUCUCUCUCUUUCGCAUCAAUGACAAUGAUCCAAUGUUCCGUAUGUGCACCGCCGGCCAUGCGGUAGUGGAACAGAACCUGUGCCCUGCCUCUCUCUAUUUUGAAUUGGUAGUUCGGGCAGCUAUUACAACUCUACCAAAGGGAACUGAUCCAACCAUGUACCAUCUCGCCGACCUCAACAUCUCCGCACCCCUUGUUCUAGACAUGCCUGGAUCAGUGCUCCUAGAGUUGACCCAACGGGACUCGACGCCGGGACAGUGGACGUUUGUACUAUUUACGCGUGAGGAUACUUUACAAUCUGUCACUCAUGCUACAGGAACAAUUUCCUUAUCGCCGGGGGCUGAUAACACUGGAAUAUCCUCCCGCUUCAGCUCUCUAAAGCGGCUUCUCAAUCCCGCCCAUUGGGACUCUAUUGCCACCUCGCCAUCUUCCAGUGGGUUGAAACGCUCGACCGUCUACCAAGCCUUUCGAAGAGCUGUGACAUAUGCUGAAUACUACCGAGGUGUUGAGUCGGUCUAUGCUCUCGGCCACGAAGCCACUGGGCGUGUCCACUUACCGUCUUCACCCACAAAGAAUAGUCCUUGUGACCCUAUCCUGAUUGACAACUUCCUUCAGGUCGCCGGAAUACAUGUCAACUGUCUGUCGGAAACUCACGAUGACGAGGUUUUUGUCUGCAGCUCAGUAGGGGACGUCAUCAUUGGUGAAUCUUUCGUCAAACGUGACCCAAGUGUUGCGGCUCCUUGGGUUGUUUACUCAAAUUACGAGCAGGAGUCAAAGAAAAAGGCACUGUGCGAUGUGUUUGUUGUAGACGAAGCAACUGGCUCUCUCGCCCUUUGUGUCCUAGCUGCCACAUUCACAAGUGUCUCCAUCCAGUCCCUGAGACGAACAUUGACACGAUUGACCAACAAAGGUGUCAGUCCGGUGCCGGUAGAUAUCGCUGUUGCUGCAGAAGUGACGCCUGCUGUUCCGGCCGCUUCUUCGAUUACCGCCACUCGCGCUUCCAGUAAUGGCGAUGAUCUUCGCACUGUGCAGGCCAUGCUCAGUGAACUAUUGGGAAUCCCAACCAGCGAAAUCCCGGCAUCUGCGUCCUUGGCAGAUGUUGGUGUUGAUUCUUUGAUGAAUACUGAAGUUCUAUCUGAGAUUAAGAACAGAUUCCAAGUCGUCAUCACCAAAUCUGAGCUAACGGCUAUUGAAGAUGUAGGCGCUUUGGUGCAGCGCAUCUUUCCAGGCCGUUCUACUGUCCACAUUGAAAACCACGACCAGCCGGCCGUUGGAAUCACCGCUAUAAACGGGGGUUCAAAGCCAUCGUCCGGGGGACCAGUUCCCGCCUCAAAAGUUGGAGAUGACCUAUCUGGCUUUGCAGAUAAAGCCGGGGAGCUCUUCACAGCUUCACGAAAGAGCAACGAGCAUUCAGAGGCCACCAAAUUCCUAGGCUUUUGUGAUACAGUGUUUCCCCAGCAGAUGGAGCUUGUUACGGCAUAUGUGGUGGAGGCAUUUAAAGUAUUGGGUGUUGAUCUGCAGUCGCUCAAGGCCGGUCAGCCCAUUCCUUCUGUUGAUAUUCUUCCCCAGCACGGCCAGGUGAUGAACCAGCUGUAUGCUGUUUUAGAAUACUCGGGUCUCGUUGAUAGAAGUGGAACAAGUAUCUGUCGAGGCCAUUGUGAGGUGAAUCAAGAUGCAACGGCAGUACUCCACCAGAAAAUUUUGAAUGACCAUCCUCAACACACGUCGGAACAUAAGCUUCUACAUACUACCGGACCACGGCUCGCGGAUUGUCUUACCGGAGCUGCCGAUCCAUUGUCGCUCCUUUUCCAGGAUGCCCAGGCCCGAGCUUUGAUGCAGGAUGUGUAUUCAAAUGCCCCGAUGUUCAAGUCAGCCACAAUGCAUCUAGCCCAGUACCUCAAAAACCUGCUCAGGCAAGUUAACUCCCCGAGGCCAAUCAAAAUCCUUGAAAUCGGUGCUGGGACUGGAGGAACAACCGACUACCUUUUGAAGCAACUGUCAUCAGUCGCAGGGCUACGUUUUGAAUACACGUUCACGGACAUUUCCCCGUCGCUAGUUACACUGGCCCGGAAGCGAUUCAAGACCUUCAAUUUCAUCCACUACCAGACCCUGGAUAUUGAAAAGGGCCCCGCAUCAGAAAUGCUGGGGCAAUACGAUAUUAUCGUAUCAUCCAACUGUAUUCACGCUACGAGGAGUCUAUCCACCUCCUGUUCCAACAUUCAAAAGCUCCUGCGCCCCCACGGUAUUCUGUGCCUGAUCGAGCUAACCCGGAACCUGUUUUGGUUUGACCUUGUCUUCGGGCUCUUGGAAGGCUGGUGGCUUUUCAAUGAUGGACGAUCGCAUGCAUUGGCUCAUGAGAGCUUCUGGGACCAGACCCUCCGCAGCUCUGGGUUUAACUGGGUAGACUGGACUGACAAUCAGUCGGAAGAGUCCAAUAUUCUCCGUCUGAUAGUUGCAUCACCUACUCGGCCAGCUCUUUCCUUGGAAGCGACGACGGAAUCCAGUGCCAUUCAUGAGGAAACUGUAGUCUACGGCAGAAAGGACGGUCUUGACCUACUGGCAGACAUCCAUUACCCUCAAAUAUUGGACAGCGAGGGAAAAAACCGACCUGUAGCGCUCUUAAUCCACGGCGGUGGUCAUAUCAUGCUUUCGCGCAAAGAUGUUCGUCCCCCACAGGUGAAGCUUCUCAUUGAUAUGGGGUUUCUCCCUGUUAGUAUUGAUUACCGCCUAUGCCCAGAAGUGUCACUCCUGGAGGGGCCCAUGGCGGAUGCUUGUGAGGCUUUGGCAUGGGCGCAAAACACGUUACCACAGCUGAACCUCCAGCGGCCGGACAUCCGCCCCGAUGGCAACAAUGUGGUUGCUGUCGGCUGGUCGAGCGGUGGACACCUUGCCAUGACCCUAGCUUGGACAGCACCUGCCCGUGGUCUGCGAGCACCUGAAGCGGUCCUCUCAUUCUAUUGUGCUACCGACUACACAGACCCAUUCUGGACGAAGCCAAACUUUCCGUAUCAGGGUGAUGUGUCUAUUGAAGAUGUCCCCACGCAAAGUCCUUUCCUUGGAAUAAACGAUAGAGCGAUUACCAGCUACAACCCAGCACCAAGAAAGCGAGCUCUGGGUGGAUGGAUGUCACCUACCGACCCACGAAGCAGGAUAGCUUUGCACAUGAACUGGACAGGCCAGACGUUAACUGUGUUGUUCAACGGGCAUAAGUACAAGUCUCUUGUUGCCAUUGCCGGUGGGGAUGAUAAUGUCAUUCUACCCAAGCCCACCUUGAGUGAAAUCCAGAAAGCCUGUCCCCUUUCCCAUGUGUAUGCAGGUCAAUACAAGACUCCUACAUUCAUUAUCCAUGGCACGCUGGAUGAUCUGAUCCCCGUGGAACAGUCGCAGCGGACACAUGACCAGAUGCUGGCUAACGGUGUUGAGUCCGAACUGCGGGUCGUUGCUGAUGCACCACACUUGUUUGAUAUGAGCCCGAAUCUUAAGAACAACAAGGAUGCUUGUCGGGCUGUUGCUGAUGGUUAUGAGUUUCUUCGAAGCCAUGUUGGGUUAUAAUAUUUGAAGAUUGUCAUUGUUUGUCAUUGCGUUUUUUUAUCCUACUUCAUGUGUCCUUAUUAUAUGUUCUUUCCUCACAAGGUCUUCUUUUCGGGAAUUGCAUACAAAUAUCAAGACAAGAGAAUACGUAAUUGUGGAG